GCACACUUUGUAUAAGUUAGUCAUUUUCCAUUCAGCAGUGAGACAGGAUGAAGAUCGAUGUGUUAUUUCUCAGUCUUUGUGUGUUUCAUACACUCGCCUCAUCUGAUACCAGAAAAGAAGCCAUUCUGAGAGUCAUUCCCAACAGAUCCCAGUUCUUCCAGUACGGGACUGUCACUGUGAGCUGUGGGCAGCAGGGAGAGUGGAGAGUUAAGAAGAACACAUCUCAAAACAUGAACCAAGAUUGCUUCACAUCCUGGGGUGGAAUAAAUGAAUCCCUCUGUUUCACCAAUGACCUUUACCCAUCAGACAGUGGAGUGUACUGGUGUGAGUCUGCAGAAGGAGAGUGCAGAGAUGCCGUCAACAUCACAGUGACCAGUGGCUCUGUGAUCCUGGAGAGUCCUGUUCUUCCUGUGAUGGAGGGAGACAAUGUGACUCUGCGCUGUACAAACAGGAGUCCCUCGGCCUCCAAUCUCACUGAUUUCUACAAAGACGGGUUUCUGAUCAGGAGCAGCUCUACGGGAAACAUGACCAUCCACAGUGUCUCUCAAUCUGAUCAAGGACUCUACAAGUGCAGCAUCUCUGAAGCUGAAGAAUCACCAGACAGCUGGCUGAUUGUCAGAGUGUCAGACUCAGCAGUUCCCGAUGCUCCUGAGAUGUCUGUGUCCAGACUGGUAUGUCACAUAGUCGUAGGGACUCCUUACCUGGUGUCCACCAUCAUACUGGGACUCAUCUACAGAGACAGAAGAGCUCCUCGGCUUGUUGCAGAGGACAGAAGACAUGACGUCAUCAUGGAGGUGCAAUAGAUGAUGUCUGUGUCACAUUUUUAUUUGUGAAUUAGUUUGUGUGUGUUUUUAAAUUGUAUGCUCAUGAAAAACCUUUUUCUGUGUCUGACAUUUAUUUUGUCAAAAAGUGACGUGAGAUUACAAAGAAUAAAAUAAUUAAUUAAUGUAACAAAACCACUGGUAUAGUUAAGAAAGCUGCUCAGAAAUAUACUCUGGAGCCAAUGAAGGGAACUAAACAAAAAGAAAAAGAAAGUCAAAAUAAGUACUGCAUUUUUCACAGGAAGCUCGGAGCAGAGCUGUACUGGCACCAGAGAGAAGACGUCUUCUUCCUGUUGUGGUUGAGGUUAUGCAAAGAAAAGCAGCGGCCAUUUUUUAUGAGGUUAUGUAGUGGUUUUAUUUACAAACAGGUACAGGGAGAGAUUAAGAGCCACGUCCUCCAUCCAGUGGUGCAGCUUAAUUAUGGUCGUGUCGACAAGUUCACAGAAAAUAUUCUAAAAGACGAUGAUUCAAGAAGGCUCUGCCAGAUAUCAGUUCAUCUGUCACAUCCCUAUCCGCCUGUUCACCCUGCUGCCAUUUGGGAUAAGAAGCUUUUUCCCUUAGUCAUUCUUUUUUUAACUCACUUUUUUCUAGCGUAAAGGGAACUAUAUUUAAAUUUCAUUCUACAACCAUGGUUGUGAAUGACAGUAAAAUAUCCUUGAAUUGUGUUCCCGGGGAAACCUUUAAACGGAUUGGUGGUAUUGAUUUUUUUUUGUUCCCACCCAGAACUGCAGAUUCAGUCUUUUUAGAAAUAUGUCUUUAUUUAGGAAAAUAUCUGAUCUGUUACUUCUUAAAUUUUGAGGAAUUCUGUCUGAAAUGUAAUUUUUAGUGCAACUGUAUGAUAAGGUUCCCUAAAGCAACUUCUUUUAUUUUUCCUUUAAAUUAAUUAUUAUUUUUAUUUUAUUCAGGGUGUGAACUACAGGGGAGCCUCUUAAUAAGAUAUGAACUCCCCUGAAAACAUGAUUUGUGACAUUCUGGGUGGUAAUGCUGGUAAUAACAGCCCCUCCAAAAGACAUUUUAGCUUUUUAGCUGCUAGAAAAAAAUUCUUUUUAUUAUGUAAAAUGUUUUAUUUAUUUCUUUCUAGAAGAUUGUGAUGCAUGCAUUGCAGAAGAAAGUUAAAUAAUUCAUCAAAAACUGAAGGCAA